AUGAGAUCGCAAGACUUACUGGGUCGGCUGCGCUCGCUCAAGCACCGCUUUCUCUCUCAGGGAAAUAGCUUCACUACCUCCCUCGACUCGGCCUCCCCCGAGCACGGCAAGAAACUCAGACACGUCAACGUUUCCCGGCUCCAAAACCAGCUCGGUCUGGCCAUUCGCAAUCCGAGUAGUUGGAGCUCGAGCGACCCCUACAAGGAGGACGUCAAAGUGAUCAUGGCCACCACCUGA